GAGCAGCUGGUGAGCCACCACCCUGACGGCAUCACCCGCUCCCUCACGCGCGGGUACAAAUGCCAGCAGCUGCUUACCGCUGAGCAGAAGCGCGGCACCGCCUGCCGGGUCCCCCCCGCUUCCAGUUGUUCGGUCACGAGGACAAACCCUGCCUCCUUCGCCGUUCGCCGUGUGCCCGCCUCGCGACCCCCCUGACUUGACAGUAAAAGUCCUUCCGCCCCGCCCGUUGCCCAACCAGUCUCGCUCUCGCCUCGCCCGGCCCGGCCCUGCUGCUUGGUCGCAGUCCGUUACAGAGAUCCGGCCGCUGGGCUAGAGCUAGGCCAACAUACAAGUCCACCCAUGGCCGGCGGCGGCAUGGGCCCGAUGGCGAUGGCGCCGCCGUUGCACGGGGGCGGCCACGCGGGGCCGGCCGGCGCGGGCGCGGGCGCGGGCAAGGCGCCGGCGGGCCCGCACAUGCCCAUGAUGCACAUGACCUUCUUCUGGGGCGACCGCGCGGUGGUGCUGUUCCCGGGGUGGCCGGGCGCGCGCGGCGGGGGCGCCUACGCGCUCUGCCUCCUCUUCGUGCUCGCGCUCGCCGCGCUCACCGAGGCGCUCGCCGCGGCCUCGCGCUGCGUCGCGCGCCGCCGGGGCCGCGACGCGGGCGUCCCGCCGUCCUCGGUCGCGCUGCUCACGGCGGCGCACGCCGCCAGGAUGGGGACGGCGUACCUGGUCAUGCUGGCCGUCAUGUCCUUCAACGGCGGCGUGCUGCUCGCCGCCGUGGCCGGCCACGCGCUCGGCUUCCUCCUCGCGCGCAGCAGGGUGCACCCGGGGGGCGCCGCCGCCCGUGACCGCGAGCUCGCCGCUGCCCAGGAUGGCUCCAAGGCCUAGACUACAGUACAGCGCCGCAAGUGCAGCAGUUGGGUUAAACAAAUGGAUGGCCGUCCCCUCUGUAUCUUUUGCUGUAGGCAUCUGAAAACUGUGGAAUCUCCAGGUCUGAAAUGCCAUUGCUGCCAUCUCAUUGUCCUUUUGUGUUACGGCUUAUGUGAAGGUUGUCAUGAUGUGCCUUGCUAAGAAAAAACAUGCUUCAUUCAUUAUAUCUGUAUAUCGUGUGUUUAUAUCGAAGAAAGAUUUUUUUUCUUUUAUUUGUUA